CCUAAUUGUCACCACCUUGACAAUGUCAACCUAAAGCUGUCAAGUGUCGAACGUUAUUCAAAAUUAAAAUAACAAGGACCCUUGUGUUGAGUUUGGACCUGUGGUUUGGACUUUAACAAAGUUCAAUAAAUAUAUUAUUUAACAAUGGUCUAAUUUAUUAAAUUUUCGUUACUUAUUUACAAUGGUAAAAUUUUAAAGACCAUGAAAAAAUACCGCAGUGAUUUAGUUAAAAAUAGCAUGUCCUGAAAAUUUUCUUUAACGCUUAUAACAUGAAAAUUUUAAGUGUUUUACUGUCAGUAUCUAUAGUUUUUACAGCUAUUACAGGAGAUUAUAUUGUAUUUCAUUCAAAAUAUUCAAAGUUCUUCAUCUUUCGCGCUGUAAUCGAUAAUUUUGUGCAUGCCAGUAUUGGAACACUAUCUGCAUUAUUAUUUUUUAUUUAUGUGGAAAGAUCAAGACAGGCUUGGAUAUAUAACAUCAUUUUAUGCACUAUAGUAUCGUCACUGAUUGAUGUGGACCAUUUUAUUGUUGCAAAAUCUAUACAUUAUAAGGAUUUAACAAACCUAAAAUAUAGAGGAUUUCUACACUGCACAUCUUUAUGGUUUAUUAUUACAACUAUUUUAUUAAUUUAUAGCUAUAUUUUUAGAAAAAAUAAUAUAUAUGUUUUAUCAUAUAUGUUAAUAUUAGCAUAUACUAGUCAUCAUAUAAGAGAUGGUAAUAGACGAGGUCUGUGUGUUUAUCCAUUUGGCCAUACUCCACCAAUACAUAAAUAUGUAUAUGUUUUAUUAUUAGGUAUAUUACCUAUUAUUUUUGGACAUAUUUGUCAAUAUAUGAAGCCAAUUAGUAAAAAUACUGUAGUGCAAUAUAGUAUGUUAGUAUGAUAAUAUGGAUUUACAAAAUACAAAAUUAGACAUUAUUAAAAGAAACAGAAAUUUAAGGAAACAUAGUUUAUAUUGUUUGUUUACUUGUAGUAACUUAAAUGUGCCACCUUAAAAA